GAAGUCUUUCCACUUGACACUGUGUGAAGGUAAAGCAAAAAGCACCUGUAAAGAAGGCUGACUGAUUGAAAGAAGCAGUGUUGAAAAGAGUGUACUCUUGUUGAGGCUGAUGGUAAAUGUGCUUGAGGAAGCCAAAAGAAUCACACAUUCUCUUUCAUCUGGCCUUCAGACUAUUUUCAAAUCGGAAAUACUUGGGAAAAUAUUUUAAGAUCCUUCUGGACAUAUUUUUCUGAGAAGUGUACUGCCAAAAUGAAUUUUACAGACCCUCGAUCCACAGAUUACCCCUAUUAUGCAGACUAUGCUUCUCUGAUCAUGCCACCUUGUUCUAAGCUGGAAGUCAGGAACUUCACAAAAGCAUUUCUGCCAGUUGCAUAUUCAUUGAUUUGUAUCAUCGGCCUCUUUGGUAACAUUUUUGUGGUGAUCACUUUCGCUUUAUAUGAAAGAGCUAAGUCCAUGACUGAUGUGUACCUCUUCAACAUGGCCAUAGCAGACAUACUGUUUGUUCUUACUCUUCCACUGUGGGCAGUGAAUUACGCUGCUGAUGAAUGGACUUUUGGUGAUUUAAUUUGCAAAAUGACUAGAGGCAUCUAUGCAAUCAACUUCAGCUGUGGCAUGCUGCUUUUGGUCUUUAUCAGUGUGGACCGGUACAUUGCUAUCGUACAGGCAACAAAGUCUUUUAAACUCAGGGCAAGGACUCUUGCACAUAGUAAACUCAUUUGUUUGGCUGUGUGGAUAUCAUCAAUUUUAAUCUCUAGUCCCUCUUUUCUGUACAGUGAAAGUUACAGCUUCUCCAUGAAUGAAACCAAAGAGAUUUGUGAUCACAGAUCUGCCAGAAUGUCUGAAAGCACAAUGCUGAAAUCGUUGCUGCUAUGGCUACAAGUUUCAUUUGGAUUUUUUAUACCUUUCAUAUUCAUGGUUUUUUGCUACACCUUCAUUGUCAAAUCCUUACAACAAGCUCAGAAUUCCAAAAGAAACAAAGCUAUUCGUGUGAUUGUAUUAAUUGUAGCUGUUUUCCUAGUUUGCCAGGUACCUUAUAACAUUGUUCUUCUCAUAACAGCUGUCAACAUGGGCAAAAUUGACAAAUCUUGUGACAAUGACAAGAUAAUGGCUUAUGCAAAAUACACCACUGAAGCCAUAGCAUUUUUACACUGUUGUGUGAACCCUGUGCUCUAUGCGUUUAUUGGAGUGAAGUUCAGAAGUUAUUUUGUGAAGCUAAUGAAGGACCUAUGGUGCAAGAGACACAAGAAAGACAAUAAACGUAGUUCAAGGACAAACUCUGAUACUUAUCAUUCAAGACAGACUAGUGAAAUUCUGACUGACAAUGGAUCAUCUUUUACUAUAUAAUACAAUUUGAACAACAUCAGUACUGAAGGACUCUUCUCACCAAGAAACCCAAACCAAUGUCACUGUGCAUGUGACAGCAAAUCAUCUGAGCUUCUCUGUGCCUCUAAAUGAGAUCCAAUGAUCUAUACCUCCUUUUAGGAAAUUAGUUUAGAUAAAGGAAUAAUACUGUUCUGUGUAAACCUAAAGCCUUAUUCACUUAAUGCUCUUCUAAACUACAUCCUCUUAGAAUUAUAAAGAAAGUGAAGUGUAAAGAGGAACCCUCAUCAUUGUGUAAGGAAAAAUUGCAUCUAAUCUGUCCUACAACACUGAAAUAUCCUCAAAAUAAGAAAAUUAAUAAGGUUAUAUCUAGGCUCUUUCUUACAUUUAUGUCGUUUCUGUUGAUUACUUCUGCCUGGAAAUCCUAGUGAAGUGUAGCUCUCCACUGUGCUUAUAUUGCAGACAGGUCACAUUGUGACAAUACUAACCCCAAAGAGAUGGCAUUUGAGCAAAGCACAACAAGGAAUGCAAACUGCAAAAUGAAAAAACAAGCUCAGGACUGCUGACAGAGCUGGGUGCUUGGUCUUGAACAGCUUGCCCAGUGCUAUUCUGAACAGAGAGUGAAGCUCUGCUAGAGUUUCCUCUCAUUGUCUGGCACAGGAUUCAGAUGCUGGAAUCCAACAAAGCUGAUUACCUGAUGAAUAUGUCUUUGUGAAAAGUUGCCUCUUUCUAGCUGAAAUUCACACUCAGUUUUUUAAAAGGCAGCUAACUGGAUAAAACUGCAGUUGUUCCAACACAAUUUGUUGGCAUGUGAUUGGUGACAUAAUAUGAAGAAUUUCUUUGUAUUUAGCUACCGCUAGCAAAGAUUCCUUAGGAAUGCAUUUACUGGCUCAAAUAUGCAUAUAUAUAGUUUCAGAAAUUAGUUUGAAGUUAUUGUCUAAAAAAAGUGCAGAAUCUGACUUAAUUCAGCCAAAAUUUUAAGCUGAGUCAGUAUUUGACUCACUAUGAAUAUAAGAAUAUUUCUAAUAAAUGCAAUUAAUUUUACCCAGCCUUACUCUUCAGCAAAUCCUCAUUGAGUGAGCUUUACUACUGUUGCAGUCACUGUGGGACAGUGAGGUAGACAGAAGCAGGAGCUGAAUAUCCCUUGAGGAAAUUAUUAAUAGGGCACAUGAAACUAGUACUGCCUUGGCUGGUACAAUCCAUCCUUGUUUCCACUGCAGGGAUUUUUAAACAUCAGUAUCAGAUAUGAUAAAGAUUGCAUAUAUUUAUCCUAGCUGAAUAGCAAUUUUGAAAAAAUAUGAUAGAAAAUUAUGUAAAUACUGGUGCAUGCAUUUGCUGUACAUAGCAAUGAAGAUUUUCUGGAAGAGA